UCUUUCUUAGGAUACACAAACCCAUUUUUUGAUGAUCUCUUUGAAAAGCUUAUUCUCGACAUUUUUUGAAGUCGUGACGAUGUCAUCCAGGUUUGGGGGUUUGAAGCCUACAGCGCUGUCCUGUGUAAUAUUAGGAUUUUUCUUAGCUCUCAUUUUCAAUCGGAGCAUCGUGUGCGGAGAUCUGAGCUACACAGUACAGGAGGAAAUGAAGCAUGGGUAUGUAAUUGGAAACGUCGCAAAGGAUCUCGGAUUUGAUGUGUUAAAAUUGUCAACGCGAAAGGCGCGAGUGGAAACUGAGGACAGCAGCAAGCGGUAUGUGGAUAUUAAAUUUAAUACGGGAGAACUGAUCGUUUCAGAGACAAUAGACCGGGAAAAGCUUUGUGGUUUAAGACCGAACUGCAUCCUCAAUUAUGAGCUGGUUUUAGAGAAUCCUCUCGAGCUACAUCGCAUUUCUCUGAAUGUUCAGGAUAUUAAUGAUAACGCGCCUAAAUUUCUUAAUGAACGUAUUUCGUUUGAAAUCCGCGAGUCCGCUGAUAAAGGGCAGCGCUUCCGUUUGGAUGAAGCUCACGACUCUGAUAUCGGACAAAACGGAGUGAAUGGCUAUGCUCUGGAGAAGAACGACCAUUUUGUUUUGUCUGUUCAAGAAAAUAAAAACGGACGGAAAUACGCAGAGCUCGUGUUGGAGAAAGAGCUGGAUCGCGAACAACAGAAGGAUAUUGACUUGAUUCUUACCGCAGUGGAUGGCGGGAUUCCUCAGAGAUCAGGGACUGCUGUUAUACACAUCACUGUGCUAGAUGCUAAUGAUAAUGUUCCGGUGUUCAGUCAGUCUGUAUAUAAAGUGACUUUAGCUGAAAACGCACCAAUAGGAACAGAAGUCGUCACUGUGAGCGCAGAAGAUGCAGAUGAAGGAGCAAACGGAGCAGUCACUUAUGAGUUUAGCCACAUUUCGGAUAAUGAAAAAACAUUAUUUAUUAUUGAUAAGGUCACUGGACGAAUUAAGGUAAAUGGAGAAAUCGACUAUGAAGAGGAAAAAUAUUAUGAAAUUGGAGUCCAAGCUAAAGAUGGAUCUGGUUUGGCAUCAACUGCAAGUGUUAUUAUAGAUAUUACUGAUGUCAAUGACAAUGCUCCUAAAAUUAUUAUUAAAUCUCUGAGUAAUCCUUUACCUGAGAAUGUAAUUGUUGGCACUGAGGUGGCCAUUAUCAACGUUCAGGAUAAAGAUUCAGGAGAUAAUCGACAAAUUCAUUGUUCAAUUCAUGGAAAUUUGCCUUUUAAAUUAAAUCCAUCCAUCAAGAAUUAUUUUUCAUUAGUAACGACAAGCAUGCUUGAUCGAGAGACGGAAGAAAAUUACAAUAUAACUAUUACUGCUACUGAUGGAGGCUCUCCACCUUUAUCUUCAUCAAUGACAAUUCAUCUAUCUGUAUCAGACAUUAAUGACAAUCCUCCUGUAUUUGAACAGCAAUCCUACACUGCAUAUGUGAUGGAAAAUAACAAACCAGGAACCUCUAUUAGUUCUGUUACUGCAAGAGACCCAGACUGGAGGCAGAACGGUACAGUACUGUAUUCUCUGGUGCCCAGUGAGAUAAACGCUGUUCCAGUCUCAUCAUUUUUAUCCAUUAACUCAGACACAGGAGUGAUCCAUGCUGUGAGGUCAUUUGACUAUGAAAAGUUCAGAAACUUUACAGUCCAGGUUGUAGCCAGAGACAAUGGUUCUCCUCCACUCAGCAGCAGCGUGACUGUGAGUGUGUUCAUAUCAGAUGAGAAUGAUAACUCUCCACAGAUAUUAUACCCUGCUCCAGAUGGAAAGUCUUUAAUGACUGAGAUGGUCCCUAAAGCUGCUCUCUCUGGCUCUCUUGUCUCCAAAGUCAUUGCUGUGGAUGCUGACUCUGGACAGAACGCAUGGCUCUCGUAUCAGAUUGUCAAAUCUACUGAUCCAGGACUUUUCACUAUUGGUCUCCAUAGUGGAGAGAUCAGGGCUCAGAGAGAUGUUACUGAAUCUGACAGCAUGAAACAGACCCUUGUUAUCUCAGUGAAAGAUAACGGACAGCCCCCUCUUUCUGCUACUUGUUCUGUGUAUUUGCUUAUUUCUGAUAAUCUUGCUGAAGUUCCAGAACUGAAAGACAUGGCAUAUGAGGAGAGUAAUUCCAAACUGACUUUUUAUUUGAUCAUCGCACUAGUUUCUGUGUCCACCUUUUUUCUGACUUUCAUUAUUCUGAUCCUGGCUGUGAGGUUUUGCCACAGGAGAAAGCCCAGACUGUUGUUUGAUGGAGCAGUGGCCAUUCCCAGUGCAUAUCUCCCUCCCAACUAUGCAGAGGUGGAGGGAGCUGGAACUCUCCGCAGUUCUUACAACUAUGACACAUAUCUAACAACAGGAUCUCGCACGAGUGACUUCAAGUUCAUCACAUCUUACAAUGACAGCACACUUACUGCUGAUGGAACUUUUAAAAAGGGCCAAAAUGACACUUUCGCAGAAAGCUUGAUUACACUUAACAAUACAACUGAUGGUGAUGAGGUAAGAAAACUGAGCUCUGUCCCUAUCUGACACUACUAUGCAUAUUUAAUUACAUUUGCAGUUGUACAUUUCAAACACAUUUUAUUGCCGUUCCUUCUCAUUUUAACAGAAUUAGAGCAGUUUUCA